UUCAACCACUCCUCACUCCUCCCGAAUUCCCUUUCUAUAUUCCUUCAACACCGGGGAAAAUGAUACGCUACGCCGCCGGUGCACUCUUCGUCCUUGCACUCUCGAUCCUCACCGUUGCUCACGCCCGCCACGAUUUCCUCAGGCUGCCGACCGAAGCUCGCCGCUUCUUCGGCGGCGCGGCCGCGGACAGCGACGCCGGAGCAGACGACGACUCUGUGGGGACUAGAUGGGCCGUCCUCUUCGCAGGAUCCUCCGGCUACUGGAAUUACAGGCACCAGGCGGACGUGUGCCACGCAUAUCAAAUCUUAAAGAGAGGUGGUCUGAAGGAUGAAAACAUUGUAGUUUUCAUGUAUGAUGAUAUUGCCAAUAACAGAGAAAACCCUCACCCUGGUGUCAUCAUCAACAACCCGCAUGGUGCGGACGUGUACAAGGGAGUUCCAAAGGAUUAUGUUGGAAGCGCAGUAAAUGCUGAAAACUUUUACGCUGCGAUUCUUGGUAACAAAUCUGCAGUGAAAGGAGGCAGUGGAAAGGUCGUGGACAGUGGUCCGAAUGAUCACAUCUUCAUAUAUUACACAGAUCAUGGUGGUCCUGGAAUUCUCGGGACGCCUGCCGGACCAUACAUAUACGCGGAUGACCUAAAUGCUGUCUUGAAACAGAAGCAUGCUGCUGGGACAUAUAAGAGCCUGGUAUUUUAUUUGGAAGCAUGUGAAGCCGGAAGCAUAUUUGAAGGUCUUCUUCCUGAAGGCUUGAACAUAUAUGCAACAACUGCAUCAAACUCUAUAGAGAGUAGUUGGGGAACCUACUGCCCAGGAGAGUACCCGGCUCCUCCCCGUGAAUACGACACCUGCUUGGGCGACCUCUAUAGUGUUGCCUGGAUGGAAGAUAGUGACAGGCACAAUCUCCAGACUGAAACUUUGAAGCAGCAGUACGAGCUGGUCAAGAAGCGAACAGCAAAUGACAAUGGUUACUAUGGCUCUCACGUCAUGCAAUUUGGCGACGUGAAGCUGAGCGUGGAGGCUCUUUAUCUGUAUAUGGGCACAGAUCCUGCUAAUGAUAACUCCACUUUCGCAGAGGAGAAUUCUCUGUCGCCAUCUUCACAAGCAGUCAACCAGCGUGACGCCGAUCUUCUGCAUUUCUGGCAUAAGUUCAGGAAGGCUGCUGAGGGAUCUGAUCGCAAGGCUGAAGCUCAGAGCCAGCUUGCGGAAGCUAUGGCACACCGCGCACACAUUGACAGCACCAUCAAACUGAUCGGAAAACUCCUCUUCGGAAUGGAGAAGAGCCACGAAGUCAUGAACUACGUCCAACCUACAGGCAAGCCUCUUGUCGAAGACUGGAGCUGCAUGAAAACUAUGGUUAGGACAUUUGAGGCGCGCUGUGGGGCACUGUCCCAGUACGGGAUGAAGCACAUGCGGGCUUUUGCCAACAUCUGCAACGCGGGUGUGAAUAGUGAGGCGAUGGCCGAGGCUUCUGCACAGGCCUGCACCACCUUCCCUUCCAACUCUUGGAGCUCUCUCAAUAGGGGCUUCAGCGCUUGAUUCGCCGCUGCCGUCGUCGUGCAGCCUGGCUAUGUGCAGAAGCAGUGGUGCUGGAUCUCAGCUUGUAUAUAUGAAGAUGGUCUUGAUCAUAUAUAUAUUGAUGAUGCUUAUAUAUAUGUUGAUGCUGUUGGUGGCUUUUUUGUA